AUGUCUAGUUUACAUACAGCUGAGGAAGAUGCCAAGAUACUUGCUUAUGUUUCCAAUCAUGGCAUUGGCAACUGGACUUUGGUUCCUAAAAAAGCAGGACUCAACAGAUGUGGGAAGAGUUGCCGGCUUAGGUGGACUAACUACCUAGGGCCGGACCUUAAACAUGACAGAUUCACUCCUCAAGAGGAAGAGCUUAUUAUUAAGCUACAUAAAGCUAUAGGUAGCAGGUGGUCUCUGAUUGCAAAGCAACUGCCUGGAAGAACAGACAAUGAUGUGAAGAAUUAUUGGAGCACUAAGCUCCGGAAGAAGCUUCAGAAGAUGGGAAUUGAUCCUUGA